GCACAGCACUCAAGCCAGCACUGUCUCCUCAGCGGCUCACAUCUGGACCCCCUGGCAGUUCAGGAUUCCACUGCAAUGAUUUUGUGGAUCAACUAUUUCUGGAUCAUCUUGGCAGUGGCCAUCAUCGUUGUCUCUUUGAUCCUAGGCCUCAUCCUAUACUGUGUCUGUCGGUGGCAGCUCAGACAAGGCAAGAAAUGGAAAAUUUCCAAGCCCUUGAAACAAAUCCAAGGAGAUGAAGAAGAAAAGAUGUAUGAGAAUGUUCUUAAUCAGUCACCAGAUCAGUUACCCCCUCUGCCACCCAGGGAUUUGCAUUUUACAGGAGAUUUCUCCCUACAGGAAACUCCAAAUCAGUCAUCAGCUAUGUACUCAUUGGUGAAUAAAGUUAGAAACAAGAAGACUGUUUCCAUCCCGGGCUACAUUGAGCCUGAAGAUGACUAUGAUGAUGUUGAAAUACCUGCAAAUAGUGAAAACCAUCAUUCUAAAAUAACCAUGUCUUCUUUUUGACAAGCUGAAGAGGGUUCAAAGAGCUUAUUUUAAAAUAAUCAAGAAUGACUGAACUGGAAUAAGUACCCAGGUCCUGAAAGCCAGUUGUUAUUUUAUGAAGCUCUAUAAGAAAAGCACUUCCUGAACCUUAGAUGAAGCCACCUCAGCGAUCCAAUGACUGCAGCCAGAGGACAGACACAAUGCUUGGCCCUGUGGACCAGGAGGGUCAGCCUUUGUGCUUCUGUUAGGGAAGUAUCCAUGGGGUGUACCACUACUGGGUUCCAAGUUCACAUCUCUAACAAAUGUCUCAUUUAUCAACAUUCCUCUUUUGUUCCCUUGGUUUACAUGGUUCUCUGUGAUCUUAUGUCUUGGUAUUUGAUCAUGCAGAGCUUCCCAGGCCCUAAUCCCUAGGUAGACCCUUGCCAAGAACACAGGUCUUCCUUCCUUCCACCCUAUCCACCCUCUGCACUGAGAGGCUGUGGGUGGUUGUUACAGCCAAGCACCCUUGUAUGGAAGUCAUCACUUCAUGCUUUACAAGUUUUUAAGGGCAAGGAGUACACCAUAUUUUUUCUUUUUCUCAGUGCUGGGGAUUGAACCCAGGGCCUUGUGCUUGCAAGACAAGCACUCUACCAACUGAGCCAUAUCCCCAGCCCUGCACUAUAUUUUUGAGAAACUUUGCCACCUAUACCCACCACAUCCCAAGUCCCCAUAUCUAUAUAAGAUAUAGGCCACUGCCCAUAGAGAAUCAAGUUCUUACCUAGGUUUUCUCCUGUGCUCUCAGGUGACCUUAGAACAAUCAACCAAGGACAGAAGUUAUCUUCUCAUUUACACCUAGAGGUGUCACUUUGCAAUAGGUGUGCUGAGGGUACUACAGGAAAAAUAGAUCCUCCCAAGAAAAAUCAUAGGUCACCAUCACUGAACAAUGGCAUAUUCAAGAUAAGAGUUUAGGGGACUUAACACCCCAUCCAUAAUUUGUUAUUUUUUCCCUGGUUUUGGGGAUUGAACCCAGGGGUACUCUUCCACUGAGCUAUAUUCCCAGCCAGUUUUAUUUAUUUUAUUUUACAUUUUAUACUUGCCAAGUUGCCCAGGCUGGCCUUGACCUUGCAAUCCUACUGCCUCCACCUCCCGAGUACCUGGAUUAUGGACAUGUGCCUCUGCACCUGACCCACCAUAACUUUCAUAAUUGCUCUUUCUUUUCCAUGCUGGCCUUCCUCAGGGUUCUUUUCCCCAUUCCUGUUCUCAUCUCCCUCCAAACACUCAUGAGUGGUCUCAACCAUUGUCCAUGAGCUCCAUGUCCUCCUUCAUUAUGAUGACUUACAAAUUGCAGAUUCUGGUUGAGCGCUCUCUCUCUCUCUCUCUCUCUCUCUCUCUCUCUCUCUCUCUCUCUCUCUCUAUCUAUCUAUCUCCUGGGUUGCCUGCAUCUGGGUUGCCUAUCCAUCUGAUUAUCCUGCAGUUCAACCCUCAAGUUCAAUAUAUGCCAAAAGGAACUGAUCACCUACCCCUAAGUCCAAACUUUUUGUGCUCUAUUGUCUUCUUGGUUGCUGAUGUCAAAAAUCAGCAUCCUUCUCCUCUACCUUUUGUUUACAACAUUCUGCACCUUCCAUUGAUUGUGCCUCCCAAAUACUCUCAAUCAGUCCAUAAUGUCUAUCACCAUUCUGAAGUCAGGCCAUUGCCAGUACAUGCCAAGAGAAUUUAUCAGCUUUCUACAGUUCUCCUGCCUCUGGCCUCUCACCCUCCAAACCAUUUGCUACAUAGAAGUCAAUGAUUUUCCAAAGUGAACAUCUACAUUUUCUUGCUUAAAUCUGCUCUUUGCCCCUUAACCUCAGAAUAAGCCCAAACUCCUUAACAUGGUUUGCAAGAUUUAUCAGGAUCUGGUUACUGGUUAUUUUCUGCCAACCCCCUUUUCCCCACCUCCUUGCAAUUUUCACUCUGCCCCAAUUUUUUGUUCUGAUCAUUUGAAAUGACCUUUGCCAUGGUUUCUCUUGUCCUUGUGCCUGUGCACAGCACUGUUCCUGUUGUAUGGAAUGUUCUUCCCCACCUUCCAGUCCUUCCUAUUUCAUCUUAGAUACCCUUUCUUCAUCACCCCAAAUCUGGGUCAGGUGGCUUCUUAGGUGCUUUCCUCUUACAACAUUAGCACCCAUAAUGAUCUGUUCAUUUGUCUUUCUCUUCCACUUGACUGAAAAUAACAUGAGGAUAGAAACUGUGUCUUUCUUUCCUCCAUUGUUUUCCCUGUUCUAGCAUAUUGUGGGUGCUCAAUAAAUAAAUCGAUCAAUUGAAUUGAGUAAAUGAGCAAACUCCUCUGGGCUCUCACAGCUCCCUGUAUUUAGUUCCAUGGAAAGGCUUUUCCCUUUGCAUUAUAAUUGCCUGGUGACUUUCUUCCCCCUCUUCCCCUAACCUGGGGAUUCCUCUGGAGUGGAACUUGUUUGUCUCAUCGCUAUGUUCCCACUGUCCAGCACAAACACUGGUAGAUGGUAAGCACUUAGUAAACACUUAUCAAAUGUUGAAUAUUAAUGGAAAGUCUACACAACAAUAACAAGAAAAAUUAAGUUUCCCUGGACACUUAUAAUUUGAUUGAGACUUUAAAUUGGGCACAUGUACUAAAGCCAUGUUUUCUGUCAAGGAAAUUGUUAUCAUUUUGGAUGACAGACUAAAUAUGUCAAGAUUUCACAGGACCUUUGCAUGUAUCCUACCCCCAUUGUAAAUCCCAAGUCAGUGACCUACGUAUUUAUUGAUUUAGUAGCACUUAGAAAUGUGAUAUAGCCAGGUAUAGUGGCCCACUCCUGUAAUCCCAGCAACUCAGGAGGUAGAGACAGGAGGACAGUAAGUUUGAGGAUAGCCUUGGCAAUUUAGUGAGACCUUGUCUCAAAAUAAAAAGGGCUAGGGUGGUAUAGUUCAGUGGUAGGGGACCUCUGGAUUCAAUCUCCAGUAGUGAAGAGAGAGAGAAGAAAGAAAGAAGAUAAUUUCCAUCUUGAGUUACAUUGUGCCUGAAGAUAGCUAUGACAUUGACUAAAUACCUAUAAAUAAUGAAAAUCAUCAUUUUGAAACAACUACUGUUUUGUCACCUAAAUGGUUUUGAAAACUCAUGCCCCAAAUCAGGGGAUUAUUGUUUUCUAUUUUUUUAAUGUUAUUGUAUUUUUUAUACCUUUAUUUUAUUUACUUAUUUUAUUUACUUAUUUUUAUGAGAUGUUGAGGAUAGAAUUCAGUGCCUCACACGUGCUAGGCAAGUGCUCUGUGUCACUAAGCUACAACCACAGCCCUAGUUUUCUUUAUAACGGUUGCAGUCUACCUCUAAGAAACAAAAACAUUGUUUUCAGGAAAUGCACUUGAAAGGCCCCAGCUCUUUGUCUUAAACCCAUGACCUAGGACACUCUACCAAACCCCCCCCCGGGAAGGUUGCACG